ACUACAAACCCCACGCUACACACAGCAUCAUGGCUCCCAAGUACAAGCUGACGUACUUCGACAUGAGAGCUCGCGCCGAGCCGACCAGGAUGAUGUUCGCUGCUGCCGGGAUAGACUUCGAGGACGACAGGGUCUCCUUCGACGGGUGGCCGGCAGUUAAACCAACGACUCCCAUGGGCCAGCUGCCCGUACUGGAGGUUGACGGCUUCAAGUUGUGCCAGAGCAUGCCGAUAGCUCGCUUCGUGGCCAAGGAGAUAGGCAUGGCGGGUAAGACUAACAUCGAGCAGGCUCAGGCGGACGCCUUCGUGGACGAGAUCGUCCCUCUCCUGCCCACACUGUACGACGUGGCGAUCGACUUCCCUACUGAUGAGGCUAAAAGGGCGGAGCAAGCGGCAGAAUUCGACAAGGACAUGGCCCGCAGGCUGGAGAGGUGCGAGAAGCUCAGCGGCUCCAACGGCUUUCUGGUCGGGAACAGCCUUCUAUGGUGCGACCUUGUUCUGCACACCGUCGGCGACAACAUCGAGAACUACAAGCCCGGAACUAUGAAGAGUUACCCCAAACUCAGCAAGGUCAUGGCAAGCGUCGUCGCCAACCCCAAAAUCGCUGCGUGGAUCGCCAAGCGUCCGGACACCACACGACCCAAAAUGGCGCCCAAGUACAAGCUCACGUACUUCAACGCGAGAGGUCGCGCCGAGCUGACCAGGCUGAUGUUUGUGGCGGCAGGAGUGGAGUACGAGGAUGUCAGGCUGGAGCGGGAGGAGUGGCGUCCCCUUAAAGAGACCUCUCCGAUGGGGCAGCUGCCGAUGCUGGAGGUUGACGGGCAGGUGAUGUGCCAGAGCGGGGCCAUAUUCCGAUACGCUGCCAAGGAAACGGGUCUGAGCGGAGCGCCCGGCUGGGAGGAGGCACAAGUAGACAUGUUUGUGUGCGGGAUAGAAGAUCUGCAGACCAAGCUGUGGGAAGUGCGCUUCGAGAGAGAUGAGGCCAAGAAGGAAGAAAAGAAGACAGGGCUGGCCACGUUCGUCCCCAGCUGGCUCGCCAACUACGAGAAACUCUGCGGACCUGACGGGCACCUCGUCGGGGCCAAACUGACCUACGCUGACCUGGCCUUCUUCAACGGACUGCACGACAUCCUGAAGGAACGCGCAGACACACUGGAGAAGUUCCCCAAGCUGGCCAAGGUGGUGGAGAGUGUCAACGAGAACAAGGCAGUCGCUGCUUACAUCGCCGAGCGCCCGGAAACGUUCAUUUAAUGAAUUAGUGUCCGUUUCAUCGCAUGUUUCGAGGAACGCAGCCAUCAAAUACACAUUUCAUGCCAUACAUACCUCUGUGAAUAUUCA